AACGCCGCCAGGGCCGCAGGGCCUUGUGGGAAAGGUAGUUCCUUCGGCAAGAUGGAGGCCCCGCCGGCCCAAGAGCCGAUGCUGAGGCAGCCGCCGCCGCCGCCGCCGCCGCCGCUUCCUCGGGAGUCGGACGAAAACGGCUGCGGAAGCAGCGCCCCCGAGGACCCGGUUGAAGAAACAGCUGACUCACCUUACCUGCGGGCCCGUCGUAAGCUGGAGAACCUCCUGAACAAAAGCCUGCGGAUUCGUAUGACGGACGGACGGACCCUGGUGGGCUGUUUCUUGUGCACCGACCGGGACUGCAACGUCAUCCUGGGUUCUGCCCAAGAAUACCUGAAACCCACUGACUCCUUCUCAGCGGGCGAACCCCGAGUCCUGGGCCUAGCGAUGGUUCCCGGGCAUCACAUUAUCUCCAUCGAAGUCGAGUUGGAGAGCCUCAACUCCUUGCAGUACGUCUGAAAUGCUUUCCCGUCGCUGGAAAGCAGACGUUUUUCGAACACGAAGAAGGAGACAAAAAAGAUUUUUUUUUUUUAAAGAAAAAAAAAAGAGAUUUCUUCCAGCUACUUGCUCUUGACAAGGUCCGGGAAGGGCGAAAACGGCAUUCAAGAAACUGAUCCCUCCUGCUCCCCUUACAACCUGGAGGAUUCCCUACCAUUCCCGACCCGGAAGGACCUUUGUAUCUGCUUGUUAUUGGUUAAAUCUCGAACUCUGCA